ACAGAGCAGGGCUGGGAGCGGGCACACGGACCCGCCAUGGAGCUGGAGGAGGACAUGGAUUUGUUGGACCCAGAGAGGUUGAUCCAGUGUCCCUUUGUCAAACAGCAUCAGAUCCGAGCCUGCCGCUUUCCCUACCACCUUGUGAAGUGUAAGGAGAGCAACCCAGAAAUUGCAAAGAAAUUGGCCACGUGCCCGUUCAACGCUCGUCACCUGGUGCCUCGGGGCGACCUCAGCAACCACAUCAUGAAGUGCAGUGACCAAGCCCUCGUGGAGCAAGAUGUAGUGAGUAGGUUCUGUGAGCCCCCACAGGAGCAGGUGAAGGAUGGGAGCACGUGGCAGGCACCUCCAUGUGAUGAAGACUGGGAAACAGAGGUGUCGGAGACGUCUAAGUCUGCUUUUGUUUGGGGUGUGCCCAACUCUGCCAUAAACAGCACCACCAGUGGCCAGACCAACUCCCUGCCCUCGAGGAUGAGGGCCCCUGAGAGCCUCCCAUACACCGUGUCCUGCAGGGCUAAUUUGGAGUAUUGACAUCUCAUCCCUCUGGAAGGUGUUUUCCCAGCAGGAAGUGCCUCCCUGUCUGGGACAGGAGAGCUCCUGUAGAUGACAGACCUGCUCUGGACCUGGUGGCAGGACUCUCUACACUUGGCUUUUGCUGCAUAACAUGUUUCUUGCAACGUUUAGACAUGUGAAACUGUCCUUGGUUACCAGAGGUUUCCCCAAGUGAUUAAUUUACCUUCAGUUGGUGACUUUGGUUAAUUUUAUUAAAUAAAUAGACUGAUUAAUUAACAGGUACUCAGAAACCUUUCCUACUCAAACCCAGGCCCUGUUAACACCCCCUGAAAAGGAAAAACAGGCAAGUCUCCGUUGUUCCACCUGUCAAAUAGCAGGUGAUGAUCUGGGAAGCUGUUUCUGUUUCCUCCAGAGACUGGGAAACAGCAGCAGAACCCUUUGGAAGGGGUGAUGGGUUUUAAGGGGGGGAGGUGAAGAAAUGAGUGAUUUUAAGUAGGGGAAGUUGUGCAAAAUUGGGAUUCUUUUAAAAUUCUAUCAAGUUCUGUCAAGGUUCUUGUUGGCAAUUUAGAAUAAAAACACUGUAAGUGUUCUGGGA